CACAUAGUAAUUUCUAGGAUGGCGAUUGGGUGGCUGCAGAAACCGGGACUCUGUUCCCCUGCCCUAGUCUGAGCGCAGUGGGUGGGACUCAGCGCAGAGUCAGUUUUCCACCAGCGGGUUUCAAUGCAGAGUUUUCCUACACUGUCCCUACGCUAGAGCAGCCCUGGGCGGGAGAGCGGCCCGGGAGAAGGACACCUGUGGGGAGGGAGUGCUGCGAGCAGCAGGGAGGCGCCGUGACCUCACCAUGUGCGGAUUUGCGAGGCGCGCCCCGGAGCUGCAGGAGAUCCAGAAACGCUGCCCCGAGGUGUGGGAAGCCACCAAACACCCCAGUUACCAGUGCCCUUGAAUUGAUAGUGGCUUCUUCGAAGAAUUUCGGUCCCACAUAAGAACAACAGCUCAUCAGGAGAAGAUCAGAGCAGCGUGAGCACCAGCAACACCAUGUUCUGCACGAAACUCAAGGAUCUCAAGAUCACAGGGGAGUGUCCUUUCUCCUUACUGGCACCAGGUCAGGUUCCUAAAGAGUCAGCAGAGGAGGUAGCAGGAAGCUCAGAGAGCUGCAAAGCAACUCCGCCCAUCUGUCAAGACAUUCCUGAGAAGAAUGUGCAAGAGAGUCUUCCUCAAAGAAAGACCAGUCGGAGCCGAGUCUAUCUUCACACGUUGGCAGAAAGUAUUUGCAAACUGAUUUUCCCAGAGUUUGAACGGCUGAACCUCGCACUUCAGAGAACAUUGGCAAAGCACAAAAUAAAAGAAAGCAGGAAAUCUUUGGAAAGAGAAGACUUUGAAAAAAUAAUUGCAGACCAAGCAAUUGCAGCAGGAGUUCCAGUGGAGAUCAUCAAAGAAUCUCUGGGUGAAGAGCUUUUUAACAUAUGUUACGAGGAAGAUGAGCACAUCCUCGGCGUGGUUGGAGGCACCCUUAAAGAUUUUUUAAAUAGCUUCGGCACCCUUCUGAAACAGAGCAGCCAUUGCCAAGAAGCGGGACAGAGGGGCAGGCUUGAGGACGCCUCCAUUCUGUGCCUGGAUAAAGAUCAGGACUUCCUAAAUGUUUAUUAUUUCUUCCCUAAGAGAACCACCUCCCUGAUUCUUCCCGGCGUCAUUAAGGCAGCUGCUCGAGUAUUGUACGAAACCGAAGUAAAAGUGUCGUUAAUGCCGCCCUGCUUCCACAAUGACUGCGGCGAGUUUGUUAAUCAGCCCUAUCUGUUAUACUCGGUUCACGUGAAAAGCACCAAACCAUCCCUGUCCCCCAGCAAGCCCCAGUCCUCCCUGGUGAUCCCUGCGUCUCUCUUCUGUAAGACGUUUCCAUUCCAUUUCAUGUUCGACAAAGACAUGGCGAUUUUGCAAUUUGGCAAUGGCAUUAGAAGACUGAUGAACAGAAGAGACUUUCAAGGAAAGCCUAAUUUUGAAGAAUACUUUGAAAUUCUGACUCCGAAAAUCAACCAGACGUUUAGCGGGAUCAUGACCAUGCUGAAUAUGCAAUUUGUUGUGCGCGUGAGGAGAUGGGACAACUCUGCGAAGAAAUCUUCAAGGGUCAUGGACCUCAAAGGCCAAAUGAUCUACAUUGUCGAAUCCAGUGCUAUCUUGUUUCUGGGCUCACCCUGUGUAGACAGAUUAGAAGAUUUUACAGGACGAGGGCUCUACCUGUCAGACAUCCCAAUUCACAAUGCACUGAGGGACGUGGUCUUGAUAGGGGAACAAGCCCGAGCUCAAGAUGGUCUGAAGAAGAGGCUGGGGAAGCUGAAGGCCACCCUGGAGCAAGCCCACCAAGCCCUGGAGGAGGAGAAGAAAAAGACAGUAGAUCUUCUCUGCUCUAUAUUUCCCUGCGAGGUUGCUCAGCAGCUGUGGCAAGGGCAAGUUGUGCAAGCCAAGAAGUUCAGUAAUGUCACCAUGCUCUUCUCGGACAUUGUCGGGUUCACUGCCAUCUGCUCCCAGUGCUCACCGCUGCAGGUCAUCACCAUGCUCAAUGCACUCUACACGCGCUUUGACCAGCAGUGUGGAGAGCUGGAUGUCUACAAGGUGGAGACCAUUGGCGAUGCAUACUGUGUAGCUGGGGGAUUACACAAAGAGAGUGAUACCCAUGCUGUUCAGAUAGCACUGAUGGCCCUGAAGAUGAUGGAACUCUCUGAUGAAGUCAUGUCUCCCCAUGGGGAACCUAUCAAGAUGCGAAUUGGACUGCAUUCUGGAUCAGUUUUUGCUGGAGUUGUUGGAGUUAAAAUGCCACGUUACUGUCUUUUCGGAAACAAUGUCACUCUGGCUAACAAGUUUGAGUCCUGCAGUGUACCGCGGAAAAUCAAUGUCAGUCCGACAACCUACAGAUUACUCAAAGACUGUCCUGGUUUUGUGUUUACCCCUCGAUCAAGGGAAGAACUUCCACCAAACUUCCCCAGUGAAAUUCCUGGAAUCUGUCAUUUUCUAGAUGCUUAUCAACAAGGAACAAAUUCAAAACCAUGGUUCCAAAAAAGAGAUGUUGAAGAUGGCAAUGCCAAUUUUUUAGGCAAAGCAUCAGGAAUAGAUUAGCAGACUGUAUACCUGUUCAUUAGUCUUUGGGGUUUGACUCCUUCAAGGAUGUGUAGAACCUCUGGAAGCACUUUAGGACUGCAGAUGGCUAAAGAGCAGUAUUAAAAUUUCAGGAGCUAAGUCACAAUCUACUGGUUCUCCCAUUUAACAUGACAAAAGUGUAUUCAAUUCAAUACUCUUCUGCU